AUGGAAGAUUUAACAACAGAAAAGUCAUAUAAGCAAGUAAAUGGACAGUCCAAAAAAGACAGAUCACCUCCCGCUGCGGCUGCCGCUGCUCACAGGGUUGACUCAUGCUGCGGAUCCUGCCUGAGAGGGAUCAAGCUCUGGAUACCUGUGGACUACAAGAUUGAGACUGUUCAGUUUUUAAAACUGGCAGGACCUGUGUUUAUUUCCCAGUUGAUGAGCUUCCUGAUCGGCUUUGUCAGCAUGGUGUUCUGUGGUCACCUGGGGAAAACGGAGCUGGCCGGCGUGGCUUUAGCGAUAGCGGUAAUAAAUGUCACAGGUAUUUCCAUUGGCUGUGGUUUGGCAUCAGCAUGUGAUACACUCAUAUCUCAGACUUAUGGGAGCGGUAACCUGAAGCGUGUAGGGGUGAUAGUCCAGCGGGGAGUGUUGAUUCUGCUCUUGGCCUGUUUCCCCUGCUGGGCCGUGCUCAUUAACACUCAGCCCAUUUUGCUGGCUGUCAGGCAGAGCGCAGAGGUCGCCAGACUCUCACAGCUGUAUGUGAAGAUCUUUAUGCCGGCUCUGCCAGCUGCCUUCAUGUACCAGCUGCAGGGGAGGUAUCUUCAGAAUCAGGGCAUCAUGUGGCCACAGGUGAUAUGUGGAGCCGUGGGGAAUGUUUUAAAUGCAGUAAUCAACUAUGUCUUCCUCAAUCUUCUCGACUUGGGGGUCUUUGGAUCUGCUGCUGCCAAUGCCAUCUCUCAGUAUUCCCUGGCUGUGUUCUUGUUUGUGUAUAUCUGCGCCAGAGGCUUGCACAAAACUACAUGGGACGGCUGGUCCCGAGACUGUCUGCAGGAGUGGGGGUCUUUCCUCCACCUGGCCGUCCCCAGCAUGCUGAUGCAUUGUCUGGAGUGGUGGCUCUAUGAGAUUGCAGGGUUCCUGGCAGGCGUCAUCAGUGAGGUUGAGUUAGGGGCUCAGUCUAUUGUUUAUGAGCUGGCUGCCAUCGCUUACAUGUUUCCAAUGGGUUUCUCUGUUGCUGCCAGUGUUCGGGUUGGAAAUGCUCUCGGUUCUGGGAACACAGAACAAGCCAAACUGUCCGGCAAGGUCUCCGUCAUCUGUGCAUCCAUCGUCUCAUGUUUCAUAGGAGCCUGUCUUGGUGCUUCUAAGGAUGUGAUUGGUUACAUUUUCACUACAGAGGAAGACAUUAUUCAAAGGGUGGCUGAUAUCAUGCAGAUGUACGGUUUCAUCCAUGUUGCUGAAGCCUUUGCGGGUGUGACAGGAGGUAUUGUCAGGGGAGCAGGGAAGCAAAUGAUUGGUGCUGUGUGUAACCUGGUGGGUUACUACUUCAUCGGGUUCCCUAUUGGAGUGUCUUUAAUGUUCCCUGUCAAAAUGGGGAUAGUAGGGUUGUGGUCAGGGUUUCUAAUCUGUGUUGUGAUACAGUCCACGUUCUUUAUAGUUUUCCUGUGCAAACUAAACUGGAAGAAAGCCACUGAGGAGGCACUGGUAAGAGCAGGAGUCCACAUGACAGAGCGGAACAAGAUCUUUGGGAUAGAAAAUAAUGCCCAGGACUCUGGUGAAAACCAGACCCACAUAAAGACGUGUGGAUCCAGUUCUUUGAGUCCAGCAGAGGGGAGGUUGGAGGCACUCGGUGAAGGUCAGCAAACCUCACACGACAACGUGGCUCUGUCAGUCAGGCAGCUGGUGGUGCGACGUGGGCUCACUGUACUGUUCAUGUUCAUCAUCCUCGCUGCUGGAGUCUGCAUCAGUGAGAUGCUUGUCAGAUCGCUCCAAUUAGACGAGUGACCACGUACAUGCAGCACCAAUCAAAGCACUGAGAUUCUGCCUUUCAGAUUACAGACAUAGAGUAUGUUCGUGUUUAGUUGGGAACUUGAAAAGUUCAUUCACUCUUUCCCUCAUUCAUAUUUCUAAAUCUAUAAAUGAAUCUAUUCAACAGUUCAACCACUCACUUUUGCAGCUGUUACAUUUGUCAUCACUUGUAAAAUCUAAAUGAUCAAAACACAAGCUGAAAUGAACAAAUGCUGUUAAGACAUGUCUCCUUUAGAAUAAAGAGACAUGCUGCGUAAGAAGGUCUCUCCAGUCAAGACACUGACGGAAUAUAUGUCCUCAUCCUGCAGUAUAUAGACAGAAUAAAUGCCACAAUUAGAAUAAGGAUGAUUAGAUGCUAUAUUUAGGGUACAGCGCGUCUGUGGGUGUGUUUUCAUCAUCAAACACAGAAGAGCUGCUCUUUUCCUUCAGUUUAUUUUUCAUUCGCUUUGAUCUACAUCGCCAAAUUUGAUGAUAAUGAAACGUCUGUACGCUCUCGCUUCAACAAGCCUGCUGGAUGGAGACACGUCAGACUGAGCCAAUCAGCCUCCUCUGUGCAGCUAAAGCUUAUAUGGCUCACUCGGAAAUAAAGAAUUCAGUCCUGCAAAUAAGCAACCUAUUAACCACGUGGGAUUUUUCUGAAAAUCACCAUUGUUGUUAUUAUAGCACAGAUCUUUUAAAGCUGCUUUAUAUUUUUAAAAAUAUGCUUGUUCAUUUUCUCCAAUCACAUCGUGUCAAAUGUUGACCUGUUAUUUAAAAUCUGUUCCCUUUUAUGUGUCUUCAAAAAUAAUCAGCUGACUGAAUAAAUAUUUAGUCCAGUCAUAUUUUAAUUUAGGCCACGGUCUUCUCAAGGGACUUUGUUCUUUCAAGGAGGAAAUGUGUGUUCAUUCGAUGUCGGAACAUUUGGAAAAAAUAGUUUCUGACUGGACAAAUUCACUUUAGCGCAGACUCAAGAUGGAAUAUGUUGGUGAAUUUGAUACACGAAUCGCUGACGUCAUCACUUAUAAGCCAAUUAACAUGAUUUCACAGUCAGCUCUAAAAUAUUAGCUUUUAAUGUGAACUUGUUAAAUUGUUAAUUUUGUCACUGUAUGUCCGUCUUUCACAAGCAACCUAACACCACUUUUUAAUCCAAUGCAACAUUCACAUUUUAAAUGAUUUCUCUGUCUGUUAUACCGGAUCCUUUUUGCUUUGCUCUUCAUCACUAUGUAAAUAAUGAGGUGUCGAGGUUUUGUUUAAACACUUUAAACAAAAU